GCGUGCGGUGCGGGCGUUCGUGUUCGUUCAGUCGGCCAAGCACCACCACCACCACCAUGGGCGACGUCGUGGAGGGCGUUAAAGCAAUGAACAUCAAGAGUGAAAAGGUUAUCGUUUGGUGCUGAAUGAGACAUUUUUUCAUUGAUUGGGCCCUGAAUCGAUUGAGUGUGCCGGACUCGCGAACACCAUUUGCUGACUGCCUGUUCCCAAAAUACUGAAACAAUGUCGGAGUUCGACCUUUUGAAAGAACUGGACAAUUACUUGUCUCAGUUUAGUUACGUUGGUGGUUAUCAACCUACACAAGAGGACCUCAAAGUCCUAAAUUAUUUGGGGCGGAAGGACCUGUCUGGAGAAAUAGCGAAACAUUUGCAUUUGACUCGCUGGCUGCGCCACCUGUCUUCCUUUACCAAAGAGUCCCAAGCUGUGCUUCCCUCCACUGCGACAGCAGUGCACCCUCAAAGGAACAACCUGGAGAUAUUGGCCUUCAUAGAGCGAUGUGCCGUCAAUGAUACACACUGUCCUCUCGCCAAUUCUAAGGCCAAGAAGGACGAGGUCAAGAAGAAGUACAAGAGGGAAGAGGCAGGACCCACUGUCUCUGAGCUCAAACCAUGGCCUUCUUACAUUCAGGAUCGUCUUGUUUUGUGGGACAGACUAAAAGCGGAGUAUGACGCUCGCAUUGCUGCCAAGACUCCAGAGAACAUUACUGUCACGCUGCCUGAUGGUAAAGCUAUCCCUGCUGAGUCAUGGCGUACAACCCCUUAUGAAAUUGCAAGAGGCAUCAGCCCGGGCCUUGCUGACAAUUCUGUGAUUUCCAAAGUGGAUGGUGUGCUAUGGGAUUUGGAUAGACCUCUUGAGAAAAGUUGUUCCCUUCAGCUGCUCAAGUUUGAUGAUGAUGAAGCUCAAGCAGUAUUUUGGCAUUCAACGGCCCAUAUUUUGGGAGAAGCUAUGGAACGUGUUUAUGGUGGAUGCUUGUGCUAUGGUCCCCCCAUUGAAAGUGGCUACUACUAUGACAUGUUCCUGGCUGACAAACAGGUUUCCAAUCUUGAUUUCCCAGUAUUAGAAAACCUAAUGAAAACAAUUGUGAAGGAAAAGCAGCCAUUUGAGCGUCUUGAAAUGACCAAAGAAGACUUGUUGGAAAUGUUCAAGUACAAUGAGUUCAAAGUCCGCAUUCUGAAUGAGAAAGUGACGACGCCAACCACCACUGUUUACCGUUGUGGUCCCCUGAUUGAUCUCUGCCGUGGUCCUCAUGUUAGAAAUACAGGCAAGAUCAAAGCUCUGAAAGUUACCAAAAACUCUGCUACCUAUUGGGAAGGCAAGGCUGAUGCAGAAUCCCUUCAAAGAGUUUAUGGAAUCUCAUUCCCUGAUCCGAAGCAGAUGAAGGAGUGGGAAAAGUUCCAAGAAGAGGCAGCCAAACGAGACCAUCGUAAGCUUGGCAAGGAACAAGAACUGUUCUUCUUCCAUGAGCUAAGUCCUGGUUCAUGCUUUUUCCAACCGAAAGGAGCACACAUUUACAAUUCUUUAGUUGAAUUCAUCCGUGAGGAGUACAGGAAGAGAGGGUUCCAGGAAGUUGUGUCACCUAACAUUUACAAUGCUAAACUCUGGAAGACCUCUGGUCACUGGGCUCAUUAUGCGGAAAAUAUGUUUUCAUUUGAAGUAGAAAAGGAGCAAUAUGCCUUGAAGCCCAUGAAUUGCCCCGGACAUUGUUUGAUCUUUGACCACCGCCCACGUUCAUGGAAGGAGCUGCCCUGGCGAGUAGCAGACUUUGGUGUUUUGCACAGAAAUGAAUUCUCUGGUGCUCUCAGUGGUUUGACAAGAGUGAGGAGGUUCCAGCAAGAUGAUGCCCACAUUUUCUGUAUGCCUGAUCAGAUCAAGUCUGAAAUCUCAGGUUGCCUGGAUUUCAUGAAGCAUGUCUAUGGAAUCUUUGGAUUCACUUUCCAGUUAAAACUGUCUACCCGCCCAGAAAAAUUCUUAGGUGAAAUUGAAAUAUGGAAUAAUGCUGAAAAGGCGCUUGCUGAAAGUCUGAACGAGUUUGGGCAGCCAUGGAAGGAAAAUCCAGGGGAUGGAGCCUUCUAUGGACCCAAGAUUGAUAUCACAAUCAUGGAUGCCCUUCGUCGUCAACACCAGUGUGCCACAAUCCAGCUUGAUUUCCAACUGCCUGUGCGCUUUGAUCUCUCAUACAUUGGGGAUGAUGGUGAGAAGAAGCGCCCGGUAAUGAUUCAUCGGGCCAUCUUGGGCUCAGUUGAGCGCAUGAUUGCUGUACUUACUGAAUCUUACGCGGGCAAGUGGCCAUUCUGGUUGUCGCCACGACAGGCUAUGAUCAUCCCAGUGGCAGUCCCCUUCAACGAAUAUGCCACAAAGGUGAAGCAACAAAUAUUUGAAGCUGGUUUCAUGUGUGAUGUAGAUGUUGAUGAUAGUGACACAAUGAACAAGAAAAUCAGAAAUGCUCAGUUGGCUCAAUACAACUUUAUCAUGAUUGUUGGUGAGAAGGAAGUCAACGGAAACACAGUCAAUGUCCGCACCAGAGACAACUUGGUUCACGGGGAGUUCUCUAUUGAUGCUGUCAUUGACAAGUUCAAGGUGCUUGCCAAGACCCGCACUAUCAAGAGUGAAGAGGACUUCUAAAGUUACUGUACUAUUAUUAUGUGAUCAACUGAUUUUCUUGGGUUCAAAAUGUCUUGGUAGCUUUUUUUUUUUUACUUUUACCAGUGCAUAUGAUCGUGAGUGAGAUGAAUUUUUAAUUUAUUGAUGAAAUAAACUGUGGGAGAUAACUGUAA